AUGGCGGCAGGCGCUCCGUUGGGGCGCGAUUUCUCACUGGCCACAGUGCUCGCUCCCCUUCCACCGGCGGCCUUCGGUGAUGUGGCGCGGGUGCUUUCCGCGGCCCCCUCGGCCUUGGCAGUGCGUUUCGCCCGGGUGCUCGCGGAGCGGAACCACGUGGUCGAGUUGCCCGACAACGCCGUGACGAAUGUCAUUUGGAAGCCCGCUCACUAUUUCAACAUCGGCAAGGGCGUUGAUUUUGAUUUCAACAGUCCGUACCUCAAAGAACUGCAAAAGCUUGUGCCCUCGGCCCCGACAGUUGAGGUGCGCUCCACUCACGGUCGUUGCCCCCGGCGCCACAUUGCAGACCUCCAGAAGUGCGCCCCAAAGACAAGCAGCCGGGCGGCCUUCAAUGUUCAACGGCGCAAUGGCGGCAAGAUGGUUCUGGAGACCCGGUACCGCGUUUACACCAUGGGCGCCGGGAUCCAGAACGCCUCCUUCUCGGAGGAAUACUGCCCCAAGUGCGCCUUGUAUUUCCUCGGGCAGUGGCAGUGCGAGAAGCACGACAGAAGUAGCGGGCGAGGGACUUGCGGGAAGAUGAUAAACAUCAAGCUCGUUUCGGGGUCCAGCUCCCUCAAGUAUUUCUUCGCUCCGCGCGAGAAGGCUUGGCACGCCGUCGACGCGAAGCUAUUGCAGUUCCUCGCGGACGAGCUACACCACAGUGGGGGGACAUUCAAUUCUGCAGUUCUGGUAUGGAGCGAGCAACGCACUGAGCUCGCGCAGCGAGGGCUGAUUCCUGGCGAAGACUUGACGCUUCUACGAGCCAAUGGCGUUCGCUUGGAGGACGCUUGGUAUGCGCACCACGCUGCCCGCCUUGCCGGCGGCGCCGCAUCCGAACUCACGUGGUCUUUCACCAGGGGCGGCUUGGAGUCGACGUUGCUCGCUCUCGCGCCAGCCGUGCGCCGAGCCCACGUCGAGCGCGCCGUUGAGCGCAUGGAACUCUACACGGGGUGUCUGAAGAACGCCCCCGCCGGGCGAUUCUUCUGCGCUCAAUGUCAGACGGCGCGUGCUGGACAGAACAAUCUCACCCCGCAGACGCAGAUUUUGGGCAUCGCUCCCGCGGCCGCCCCGAACGGCGAAGCGUCUGCCCUGAGAUACUUGGUGCGCUGCUCGGAUCCAGACAAUCCGAGCGAGACCUUCGAUGCUUUCCUGCCGAGGGCGGAAGUACCACAAGAGUUGCUAGCAACCUACGAGAAGUCUCUGCUUCCAGCAAGUGGAGACCACGGGAACAAGAAGGCGCGGCCUGCGUGGCUCAGAGGCCACCGACAGGUCACGCGCUGGCUGAAGGGGGCGAGGCGGCGCCCGGGGGCGCCGCGGCCGCGGUCGCACUUCCUCGGCGACGGCCCGUUCCCGCCGACCAACGGCAGCAGGGCUGCCAAGGAAGCGGAAGGUGCGAAGCGCCAGCUUUGCCGCGGCUGGCUUGCGCUGGACGAGGAACUGAAGCAGUCGAUCCUGGCCCGCGGCGUCGACAAGCUCCAGGGCUCCGACAAAGUCCGGAGAUGCACUGGCGGUAUUAUGACGGCCGUCACGUCUUGCGGCUGGCUCAUGGAUUGGAUGGGGCUGACCCGCGGCGAAUCCAUCGAGGUCGUGCACGCCUUCGCCUUGCGGCUCCACAAGGCGCCGAAGAGCUCCGGGCGGCCCCCCCGCGCGACUCGCGAGUGCAGCUGCGCUGCGUUGUCCAAGUUUGCCUUUUUCCUCCCUGCGGAGCCCCCGCUCGCCUUCGUGGGCUCCUCGAUCGCUCGAGAGGGCGCCUGGGACCUCGGCUGCGUCAUCGGGUGGCUCGGCUACGACAACGCCUGCAAGUUGUUCUCCAUGGCACGCGCCAAGAAAGAUGAUUUUCUGCCGUGGACGAAAUCGCUGGCUGAGGAAGUGCGCAUUGUUCUGGGCGGUUUCCACAGGGACAACCACACGUGGCGUCUGAAUGCGCUCCUGGAAGUUGACCCGCUGCAGCCGGCGAACGAGAAGUUUUUGGCGUUGAAGAACACGGAGGCUUGCGAGCAGCUCAAUGCGUGGAUCAGCCCCCGGACGCGCAUGUGCCUCGAGAUGACGAGAGCCCAUUUCCAGCUCCACUGGCAGGUUGAGGGCCCCCGGGUCCAGAACUUCGGAACACCCCCCCCGCGCGCCGCGCGCCGCUGCUCCGACGGGUGCCCCCGUCGGGGCUUGCGGAUUCUGUUCGAUGUCCAUAACGAGUGGCUGCAGCGCGCGGCGGCGAGCAAGCGCCGCCGCUUCGCCGCCGGGGCCCUGAAGCACGACCCUGACCUGCCGGCCCGCCGGCCCCGCGCGCGCGCCCGGCGGCUUGAGCGGCCCGCGCUGCUGGCCGCCAUGCUGCCUGCCAGCGCAUUGGUGUUCGCGUUGUGCUUCCGCAUUGCGGGCGUCGCCGGGGCGGGGAAGGGCGCCCGUCGAAUGGCCCGCCCCGCGGAGGGCUCGCUACCCCCCGCGCUCACCAAGGGGGAGAUCCGAGCAGCCUAUCGCCUAAUGGAGAGUCAAAACGCAUGUCCCGAGGAGGUCGCGCGGCGCGCGUCGCCGCUGAUGUGGGCCAUCGCGACUGCGCUGGAGAAGGCGACGUCGCUGCACCCCUCCUGCGUGCACGUCCACAUCCUGCUCCUCAUUGCGACGACGUUGGGCGCCGUCCAGCUCAAGUACGGCGGGAUCCUUGCGCGCCACUGCAACCUGCUCAUGCUGCAGCACGACGAGCCGGGAGAUGGCAUGUCCAUUGCCUUGUGGCUCGGCGUUCAGAUCCUGUCCUACUACGACCAGGUGAGAGAGGCCCGCGCCAAGCGGAGGUACGACGCCGCUCUCGAGAGGCAUGGGCGAGACCCGGAGACCGAACCCAAACCAGAAAAAAAGCCAGAGAAGGAUUCCAUUUUCAACAAGGGUACCUUCAUUGGCCUUGGAGGGUUCAUGCAGGCGCAAGAGGAUGCCGCGUUCCUGGCGCUGCACGAGGGGAAGACGCGGCUGUCCCAGACGUUCGACAGUUGGCCUGGCGGCGGCAUUGAUGACCUCAACCAAAUCCACGACCACGACCUACAAGAAUCACCCCGGUAA